GAAGAGAAGUGGGGAGCGGAAAGAGGAGUUGCCAGGGGUGGCGCUCCGGGGUGUGUGUGUGUGUGUGGUGAGGAGAGAACGCCAGUGAGAAGCCUGGAGCAGCGCAGGAUCCGUGCCUGUGCGCAACGGGUUGUAACGAAGGUGCUGUGUUGUGUGCGGUAGUGAGCAGUAGUUACAGCGUUUCGAAGUCGAAAAGUGAGGGCGUCAGAUUUGUGUGGUGUGUAUGGAAACUGGUGUGAACAGAAGUGCAAAAAUGCGUGUGUUUAUGUAGUGAUUUAGAGGCAUAGAUGCAUAAGCAACUGAUGUAGUUGUUCGUAGUUCAUGAAAAUAUGUUGCGUUAUUUAUGAUGCCCGUUAAAAGUUAAGUUUCUUUAAUCGUAUGGAAUCUCUGGAGAGGGUUAUACUCUUAUUAAUCUAUUAUGUGUGAAGUUUUAACUUGUGAUGCUUAUUAGCAGUAGUAUUUACAUAUCAACGAUAAAAUUGUGGUUUUGUAGUGAUGAGUGUUUGUAAAUAUUCAACUCUGGAAGUGUCAAAACAACGGGUAGGUUUAGGCGAUGAAGACUGUUUCUCCUGUCAGAGAGAGAAACAGCAUGCCGUCAAUGCUUAUCCCCUCCGCCAACAGAAGCAAUCGAGAAGUAAAAUUAACCUUUCAACCUUUGACUUCGGAUUCCAAUGGAGAGCAUACCUCUCGAGUCAAGGAAACAUGUGAUAGUGAAUUAAAUAAUAACAUACGGAUGUGGAAAGAAAAACGUAACACCAUGGGACAUCCUGGCCAUAACUUUUUUAAGCCUCUCGGUACUGUUAGUGAGAAUUCCCGUAGUCAGAGUUUACCGAGCUGUCUUGAAAAUGAGAAACAGCAUGAACUCCUCGAAGAAAAAUUACAAAAAGAAGAGUUUAUUAACUCUCAGGAAAAUGUCAUUUGUGAUUUGAAAGAUGAUGGUUCAGUAUGUAAUCAAGCAUGGUUUAAAACAUGGCCAGAGAGAGGAUGUGACAAGAUCAUUAAUGAGUGUAUGGGAAAGACACAGACAAGUGCAAACACUUCUUCCAAUCCUUGUCAUGCCAAUGUACCUCUUAUGAAUCCUCAGUGUUCACUGUCAAGCAAUAAAUCAUUGAAUGUUAAUGAACAAAACAAUCCACCACUUGCAAUCAGCACUGCCCAUGUAGUUAAUGGUUGUAGUAAUUAUUCACAUGUUUCAUCAUUGAUACAUAAUCAUUUAACUAGUGACUGUGAUAAUGCUGAGCAAAGUGUGGGUAAGCUACCAGAUCUUAUGCAAAAUGAAGUAAAAUGUUCUAUUCCUUUGUCAGAGCUUCUGCAAAAUAUGCCACUUGCCUAUAGUCCUCUAACAAGACAACUGCAUAUAAUUAAUCAAAAUUAUAUUCCUAAUUCUCAAAAAUUUUCACAAAAUGAUUGUAAAGACGAAAAUGAUGGAACACAUAUGGCAGGAAUUCAAGCAGUAAAAAAGAAUGGUAUGAAGCCUUUAGAAAAUAUUGUUGAAGAACAACUGGCUGCAUUCAAUUUUCAUCAGAAACAAGAUAGUGAUCCAUCUUACAUUAAUGUUUGUGAUGAUUCAGUGAGUCAUGAAUCUCCUCGAAGCACAUUACAAAGAAUAGGAGCUUAUGACACUUCUCUCUCUCGUACUGAUGCUAGCUCCUUUUCGAGUAUAGUUUCAAGUUUAAGUGAAUCGUCACCAUCAACGAAUGAUGAUAUUUUACAAGGAAAUGUAGUGGAUUCAGAUGUGAUAAAUUGUCCAACUGUGAAUCCAGGUUUAUGUUCCAAAGAAGAUUGUGUGACUCGUUUUGAAGAUACAGGUGCUAAGCCUAAACGAAGAGGGAUUUCCAGCUUCUUCAGCAGAAACGUGUUUUCAUGGAAGCUCUCGAGAGAUCCUUCCCCUCCCUCUAACAGUAGUGGUAGCAGCUGCACCAACUCUCCCAGCUGGAAGCUGUUCGGAAAGGCACCUAAGUUGCGGAAUGAAACGUCAGAAGAGGAAGGUGACAGCCGGCCAUCGAGUGGGGCAAAGCAGUAUGAAGACAUUGUGGCCAGCAGCUCUGCUCUUAUCCUUCAUCAAAGACCCUCCAACUUACCAGCAAAAUCUCAGGAUGAAGAACAGAAGCAUCGUCAUGAAUAUGAGCGCAUGGUAGAGGCUGCUCGAAAAAAAGAAAUGAAAGAAGCCAAGCUUCGUAAAAAGCAAUUGCAACAGCAAUUAAAACUAGAAGAACAGCUUGCCAGUGCUGCUCGAAUUUGGAACAAUGAGGUUUUGCCAAAAUGGGAUAUUAUGAAAUCCUCACGUAAAGCACAGGAGCUGUGGUGGCAAGGGAUUCCACCAUCUGUGAGGGGCAAAGUGUGGCGAUUAGCUAUUGGGAAUGAUUUAAAUAUUACUCACCAACUGUACAACAUUUGUGUCUCUAGAGCCCAAGAGAGACUGAGAGCAGCAACGGAAUUGCUUGAAGGGAAGUCAGAGUUUGAAUUGGAUAACCCAGAUAAAGAAGCAAGUGUUGAAUUAAUCCAAUUGGACAUAGCACGCACGUUCCCAAAUCUUUGCAUAUUUCAGAAGGGUGGACCUUAUUACGACAUCUUGCAUUGUCUUUUGGGUGCAUAUGUUUGUUAUCGUCCAGAUGUUGGAUAUGUGCAAGGAAUGUCAUUUAUUGCUGCUAUAUUAAUUCUCAACAUGGAAGCAGCAGAUGCUUUCAUAUGUUUCGCAAAUCUUCUUAAUCAGCCCUGCCAUAUGGCCUUCUUUCGUCUAAAUGAACCUCUUAUGCGGUCCUACUAUGAAACGUACAAUGAUUUCUUUAGAGAAAAUUUACCUCGCCUUUUCUCUCAUUUCAACUCGUCAUCAUUGAGUGCUGAUUUGUACUUGCUUGACUGGCUCUACACAGUGUUUGCCAAAGCAAUGCCUCUUGAUGUUGCAUGUAGAGUGUGGGAUGUGUUUCUUAGAGAUGGAGAAGAAUUUCUUUUCAAGACUGCCUUAGGUGUACUUCAUCUUCAUCAAGAUGUGCUACUUCAGUUGGAUUUUCUUCAUGGAGCUCAGUUUCUCACAAAAUUACCAGAUGACCUUGCUGCGGACCAACUUUUUAAGUCCAUUGAAUCUAUUCACAUGAACAUUGGUAAAUUACGCUUCAGUGAAGUUCUAGCAAGUCACAUUGAAAACUGUCGUGAGCCCAGCUGAAGAAGGCAUGGUUUGUAGAGGGUGAUGAUCUGUUAAUUUGUAAAUAAUAAGUACUGGUGGAAUGUCUUAUAUUUAAGUUCUGAGUGCAGGAGAUAGUUCCUGUUUGCCUGAGGCAUUGAUGACUUCUUACAGCUUAUAUUUUGUAUCUUUCAUCCACUGAAUUUUUGCUUUUGAGAGAUUCUCUUAUGAAAAGCCUAUGCCCCUUAAGUGCCAUAAGCUGGCUCAAGAAACCCACUUGCUAAUAUUAUGCUCUGUGAAGAUGACUUCGCAUCUGAGAUUAUGGAAAGGAGCAUAGCAGUAAGAUAACAUGUUGAGGAUGAAAUGAAUUCAAUGAGGAGAGAUGGUAGGGAACUGUUUCCUAAAGUUAUCAAUUUUACUUCUUUCCUCCAUACAAUACAUAAUAUGUACAUAGAGAUUAAUAAAGGAUAAGCCUUUCUUACUACUGUGCUAAAUUACUUGUAAGUUCUGUUUAUUUAUAUAAGAAAUGUACACUUUGAAUUACACAUAUAAUUCCAAACAAGUCUUGCUUCAUCUUCAUAUUAUUUAUUAUUAUCGUUAUGAAAAAUAUAAAGAGUUAUUUCUCUGGUAACAUGUCAAACUCAGAAGGUUUAAAUCUUGUAAACAUGAAUUACCUGCUAUUUUGUGCUUCCUGUAUUUUAAUACGUUAGUUAAAUUUUCCAAAUAUGAUAUUACUAGUAUUUUAUAUUAUCUAGAAACAGUACUUUAAAGUGCUCCAAAAUACUCUUUGUACUGUAUGAAAGGGAAGACCAUUUAGAAGUUUGAUAUUUGUAGUAUUGCUGGCAGAUUCCAUUAAAAUCCAUAUUAAUUAUUCUGUAAUAAUCAAGAAAGACGAUUUGUUGUCACAAGCAAUGUGAUGCAAGAUCAGGAGAAUAGUCCCACAUAGAAUGUUUUUAAUGCAAUUUUUACAUGCUCAAUAUUAUCAGUUUCUUAUGUAUGUUAAAUAACUGUGUAGAACAUUCAUCCAUUGGCCAUUUAUUUAACAUUGUGUUUCCUGUGAAGUUGCAUAUUUCAUGGGAAUUUGUCAGUGGCAUCACUUCAACAAAUGAAAGACUGAUAGUAGUGUAAAUAUUCUGAUCUUCCAGAUGAAUAUCGUGAUUAUAUGAAUAAAAUAAUUUCUAACGCCUUUAACAUUUGUAUGAAUUCAGUGCUUCAGAAAUUAUUCUUUCUUUCCAAUGUCUUCAUGAAUAACUGAUUUGUGCUUGAAAACUAAAUCUUUUUUGUAAAAUUUAGAAAAGAUGGUUCACUUUACUAGUAAUUUCAAGAGUUCUCCUAAUGAUCAUUACAGUAUUUUAUUAAGUGAUGAGUAUGAAAAGCACUUCUAUGGAAAAGCUCCUAGGUUUCUUGUCAGUGAUUUUAAUGAAUUGAUUUGAGUGUUAUGCCAUUUACACUAGGAAAAAGAAGCAUGUAUCGCUUUCAUAAUAUUGGGAGUCGGAAAGUUCUCUGAAUGAUGAAAGUUCAUAGACUUUUUUUAAUGUCCAGCCAUAGUACAUCAGGAAUCAAUAGUCCUGGUCUAAGGUUUCAUUGUGGGGAAAAGUCUCUGUGCUUAAUGUACAGAUUAUGAUAUUGUUUUGUCAACUGUUACAAUUAAGUAACAAUUCUUUUCAUUUAUUACAUUCUUGAAAUUUAAUUCAGAUACUACUAUUACCAAUCUUCAUCUUCUAGAUGUGGCAAAAUAUUUGUUAAAUUGUGUAUAUGUUAUAUUUAAUACAUUUAUGAGCCCUCAAACUUAUUGCUGUAGUCUGGACAGAUGUUGAUGUGAUGCUUUAAACAGUUGGGUGCCAUGAGUAGAAAACAGCUGUGUGAGGAAUAUCCCAAGUGCUUUAUAAAAUGGCAUAGAAAUGCCUUCUCUUUCAAAAUAUUAAGAAAUGAUUCACUGUUAAUACCAUCCAUUUUCUCACAUUACAUUUUCCGUCCAUUUUCUUUAAAACUGACUUGCAUAUUACUCCUUCAUUCUCUGUGGUAUCAUGAAUUUACACAUAACUUUCCUAGUAAUAAUAAUAAUAUUUAAGAUAAGUUACAGAAUUUCGUAUGUUAAAGUUGAUCCUAUUAAUUUUAGAUAAAACAUCAGUUUAAAGAGCUGAUAAAAAUCUUGUCAAAAUGUACCGCCUUCCUAAUUUAUGAAUCUCUUCAGGAAAAUUUUUUAACAUUAACAACCAUGCCGAGUUACAUUCCCUCCAAAAUAAAGUUGUAAAAAUCUGUUCACAUGAAUUGUUGAACAUUUUAUAUUUUAAUGAAUUUCUUAAAACAAAUAUACAUAUUAAUUUAAAUUACGCUUGUAAAAAUAUGAGGAAUAUAAUGUAUUGAAAAAGAGGUGUCUAUAAAAUUAUUAUUUUUGUUAUAAUUAAUUAGAUGUGAAUAUCAGUUAUUCAGUUGAUCUUUGAGAUUAAUUUAUUUUUGGUUGUGUUUAUGAGCUAAGAUUCAAUAUUGUACAGAAUAGUAAUUUAUUGUGUGUAAAUGAAGUUUGUAUAAGACAAUUGAUGGAGAUCAGAUUUUAUUAUGAGUCUGAAAUAUUUGUAAAUGAUGAAUCAGUCAAGUGUAAAGUAAGAGUUCUGUUGUACCUAAUUAUUUUAUAAACCAGUUUCUCUUCUAGCUAAUUUUUUAAAUUUUCAAAGAUCUUUUUAAUGUUUUACAUUGUGCAAUAUGAAAAACUGAACAAAUCUUUUGUGUUAAGAUAUAACCUGACAUUUUCAUUUGAGUAUGUCCGAACUAACAUUGAUCAUAUGUACAAUGAAAAAAAUGCUCAAAGAGCAACACUAUUUUGUAUUGUAAUCUUGCCAUCCUGUUAAAUGUUCUUGAGAUUAUUCGUAAUAUAAAUAGACUUCAAAAAUGCAAAUUUAUUAUAUGUUCUUGAAUGUAUCUGUUGUAUAAAUAUUUUUUAAAAAUUCUGUGAUGUAAUAAAGCAUUACAGUUGUAUAUAUGUAAGUUUAAGGUAUGUUCUAUUUUCAAAAAAAUAUAUAUGCUGAAUUUAAACCGUUUUAACUUAUUCCUUCCAUGCCUAUGGUAUUUUGUGUAGGCAAGAUGUGCUUUUAUACAGAUCAAUAUUAGAGUUUAUAUCGCACCUCCAAUAGAAAAGUGACAAAAGUGCAAGAUCGUCAUUUUGCAGCUAAAUAGCUGAUAAGAGGUUACCAAGAGGUACUGCUACUAUUCUGAAGUUGAUUUUGAAUUAGUUAAAUUACUGUCCGCUAGGAGGUGAAUAUUUGGUACAAUCUAUAACAAGUAUUACAGAACUAUGAAAUGUAUAAUUGCAAAUUCUGGGAAGUUCGCACUUGUCACUUUUC